AUGACACCGUCCAAGGCGUCAAACGCCAUCCCAGUGAAUUCUCCAGCAGUGGCACGAACUCACGUUGAGUCGUUCUUGCACGGAUGGAACGAGGAGAACUUGCAACUGAAGCUGUCUUCGGAAAACCUCACCGAGGACAUCCGCUGCAUUUUGGAGGAAGCCUCGGAGAAGAAAUUCUGCAGGUGGGAAUACGACCCGGAGUAUCAAAUCUUGAAGGUCAAGGUUAUGGGCUCUCCUCUGCAUGACGCCCUCAACUCAUGCAUCGCUCGCUCUCUUACGAAAGCGAUGUUUACCGUCCUAACUCCUGACGAGGCCCAGUGCAUUUGGUAUCACCCAUUGUCCGCUCUUCUUUUCAGACCACCUGAAACCGAUCUCAGAUUCAAAGGUGGAAAGAAACGUGCAGCAUGGCUCAAAAAUUCUGACAACAUGAUAAUUUUCCAAGAGAGGGCCGCCAAAAAAAAGUUUCUACAAAUUGCCAUCGAAAUUGGGUUCUCAGAAAGUUAUCAUGAUCUGGUCCGUGACGCUUCUCAAUGGCUACUGCGGUCUGGUGGUCGAGUCAAACUAGUGAUCAUCGUCAAGGUAGAUGAGGAUAAGCGUCAGCUCAAUAUCCACCAGAAGACGGAGCAGUUCAAAUGCACUCGGGAUCAGCUUGUUACCAAAUACGGAGAUGACAUGACCCGAGACAUCUACGAGACCUACGGCAUCGAAUGUAUCCCUCAAGAUUCCUCAGCUGAAUUGUACGAGGCGUUCGGUUCUGAAAUCGCUGCUUCUGGUUGGGUUGGCCCUAUUUCUGUCUUUCUUGAAGUCUGGCGGUUGAGAGAUGGAGAACCCAGUCUGACGGAGCCACGUAUUGAUAUUCUUCCCACCCCCGCUAGCCCGCGAGACCUUAUACUCAAAGUCACAGACUUGAUCCCUGACGAACAUCGGGCCUCUUUUCCCAACUUUGAUGCAAUGAGAACUAUAACUAUAGACAUGGCAAGCUUUCGUGUUGAGCUGGACGAGGCGAGGAUGGGCACAGCACUCAUCCGAGCUCUGAAGGUCGUUCGACCGCUGGACAAGGAGGAAAGCGACUCUGAGUUCCUGCCCUCGGCCAUUUCUUGA